AUGGGGCGACGUGGGAGAACAGUGGAAGAAAAUUACUAUGAAGAGCGCUUUGAUCGUCGUCCAGCAGUGAAGGAACUUGUCAAGGAUCGUCGUGAGCGGGUCUUCGAGGAGGAUAUUGAGGUCCGCCACCGACCUACGCGGCUGUUCAAAGAGCGAAUCCGAAGUUCAAGUGCUGGUGCCCUAGUACUUCGAAAGCGGGUGAGCGACGAGUUCGUGCGCGUACCCCGAGAAGCGGAAGAAGUACAUAUUUUACAAAGAGAGAGACGGCCUCCAGUUGCCGAUUUUGAAUUAGACGAACGAAUUAUCCAUAGGAGAGAAAAGUCCAGGGCACGUGAGCCGGUCCGGAUAGUUGAAGAUGAGGCAAUCAUUCAUGAGCGGGAUUACGAUAGCGAUCACUUCUCACGGCGUUCACGACGAAGGCCGACAGGGCAUUCACGCGAGAUAAAUGUUGAAAUAGACCAUGGAGCGCAUAGGGACGAGAUUAAUUAUCAUAGCACAUCCAGAGACAGAUGCCCGCCACCAAGGCCAAAAUUUGAAGAACGGGAAGACAUACUUAUCCGUACUGAAAACAAACGUGAGAGAACAAAGGUAGCGGCGAAAGAUGAAAUCCUCAUUCGAAAAGAAAUAAACAGGUCGCCCUCCCCCAAACCGUCUAUAGCACCAUCGCGGCCGAUACAUGCUCCACCAAUCCAUCAAGAUGUCAUAAUGCACCACAGACACGUCGACCAUGGAUAUGACAUUCACACUCCAAGACGUGUUCGAGAGGAAUCCAAAAAACGUGUUGAUAUUGACGAGAUUGAUAUCCGCGAAAGACGUGGUCGGAAUACCGACGAUCUACAGGUUAUCCAUCGUCGCGAAAAGGGCUAUGAAUCCUCACCAUCGCCCAGGCGCCACGUGGCCGAAAGAGAUGAGGUUAUGAUAUCGCACACCAGUAGCAAUGGUCGGGAGCGCGAGCGGGAUACACUCGUAAUUCGUGACCGUGAAGGCCACCAUGACCAUCGUGAUAGAGCGGAUAUUAUGGCGGAAGCUGAUCAUUACAACCGUCGUGCCACGGUCAGUUCAUCUAUAGGCGAAGCAUACAAUGGCGCCACCAGAGACUGGGCUACCAUCGAAGUACCGCCCGGGACAAAAAGAGUGACACUAGACGGUGUGGGGGGAGCGAGUCAGGAGAUAUCAUGGCAGAGAUAUAAUGGUCUUAGGAGGUCGAAGUUCAGGACUGACGGCGAGGAGCACUGUUCGGAUUUUGGAUUCGAGUUGGAUAACGCCGACAUUGGUAGGCGUUACACUGGCCUCAGGAAGCCAGAAAGGCUAUGGACAGAAAUCACCAAAGACCUUGUUGUCAAAGAAGCGAUCGAGAAGGUAGGAUAUGAGUACGAAGAGACUGAGGAAUUCUUCUAUGUAUUCUCCUACCUACGAUAUGACGACGUUGCGCACCUUGUUCGACUAUCUGACGAAUUCCGACACGCCCGACGGGAAAGAAUUCGAGAAAUUCAAGCUGAGCGAGCUAUCAAACAUGCCCCAUUGGCCCUUCCGGCACCUCCCACACACUCCACAACGGUACUGAUAGAUCGCAGCGCGAAUGAGGAUCGAGUCAGCGAACAUGAUCUUGUCAUUGAGACUGACCGGCGUCACUUUCGGGGACGAAGGUGGUAA